AUGUCCACCACUCGGAGAUUUCGCUGUGAUGAUCUUCUCAAGUUCAACAACGUGAACUUGGACGUCUUGACUGAGACGUACAACAUGCCCUUCUACCUGCAGUACCUGACGACCUGGCCGGAAUACUUCCUCAUCAAGGAGUCGCCGGACGGCACCCCCAUGGGAUACAUCAUGGGCAAAGCGGAAGGGCAGAAGGAGUUGUGGCACGGGCACGUAACCGCGGUAACGGUGGCACCGGAGUAUCGCCGCCUGGGGGUGGCCAAGCAGCUCAUGGACAGCCUCGAAACGGUCUCCGAGAAUGUGUACAACGCCUUCUUCGUAGAUCUGUUUGUGCGGGUCUCCAACACUCUGGCGAUAAACAUGUACAACGCUUUCGGGUACUCGGUGUAUCGAAGAGUCCUCGGGUACUACUCCGGGGAGGAGGAUGCCUUUGACAUGAGAAAAGCUCUCCCGCGAGAUACGGACAAAAAAUCGGUGGUACCGCUGUCCCAUCCCAUCAUGCCGGAGGAUCUGGAGUGGUGACUAUCUUGCCUGCUCGGCGCGCUGCUGGCUGCUGCGCUUCUUUACGUGCGGCAGUGACCGCUCCCUAGUGGCAGCAGCUCCACGGGGUGUUGGCUGUUCCGAGGGACAGGGGUGUCGCCGCCCAGAACCAGGGUGUAAUCGUCCUUUGCCAUGGGCGGCCGCACUCAUCAGCAGCUGUAUGCAUGUGUAGCAUGCGGCAGCGUCGCCGUUCACGAGCGGGCCUUUUUACAAAGCAUGGUUAGGUCUUCGAAGUCGGGUGAUUCGCCUCGGCACCCAACCAUGAAAUCUUGGUCUUUAGAUAUUGCUCAGAUGCUUCGUAGUCAAAGGGAAGGGAUGAAAGUUGAAUGGAUACGAUAGCCGUUGUGUCCAACUCUCUUCUUCUCGUUGCCCUCCUCUGUUGUCUUUACAUAGUUUGUCCCGCAUUGAGUGUUUUUGUGUUUUCUGUUUUCCUCUUGGUAGUGUUUGCGUCGUCGUGCCUCUCUCCAAACGGGAAAU